AUGGAGGCAGAAGAGGUUGAAGAAAAUACAACUACAGAGGAGCCGUUAACUACCCCUCAAUAUGAAACUUCAACAGAACAAACAACAGAACCGUCGACUACGAGAGGAAAAACAACAACACCACCACCUGUUCCUUCCCCUACACCCUGUAUUGGUGGCGGAUUAAACAGAACUGAUGCCAAACUUGACGAGGAAUGCGGUACACACGGGCAAGAUGCUAAAUGUAUAGUUUCAAACAGUGCAUGUACUGAAACAUCUGUAGCUAGCACUUGGAGAUGCUUAUGUGUCAAGGGAUAUGCUAAGAACAUGCCUACUAAAUUAUUCAGCCAAGAGUAUCAUAAAGUGUCAAUAAAUAUUUCGGAGAGCGGUCCAAUAGGCCAGCAAGUUUUAAGAGAAAAGUUUACAGAGGUUGUUGGUUUUCACAAAAUUUCCCCUACAGCUGAAAUGAUGGGAUCCGAUUUAGACAGUUUUUCACUAACCACUGCAAAUACAGAGAAUGUCGUGAUAACCAGGAGCAACGCGCGACUUUCUAAAUCAAAAUACGACAUUUUUGUAGUUGUGUCGGUUACUGUUGACGGUAUUGUGAUACGUGAUUUUAUUCAUGUUGCAAUCACCAUUACUAGAACAAAUAUCAUUGAGAAAAUGCUAUAUUUAAUUAACGGGACUCUGAAAGACAGUGUUGUCGGUCAAGUUUGUCAGUCGUGUUUAUCCGGGGGUACCGUAACAACUAUAUCACCAGAUGUUUUAGUGUCUGUUGAAAAUGAUGGUAGCAUAAAGACAACAACAAAUAUCAAUCUUGAUACCAUAGGAGGACCACAAACAAUAGCAUAUUCAUCAUACAUCCAAGUUAAACAAAAUGGCAAUUUAGUUGCUAAUAUAACAAUUCUUAUUGUACGUUCUCAAUACACUCAUACAUUAACAGAGGACAGUGGAAGAUAUACCUUUGUGGGUUUCUUUAAACUGUCUAUUCCGCAUACAAUUCAUACGACAGAAUUAGCUUUGAAUGGCAGCUCGUUAAUGCUUGGAUCAGUGUCACUUGACUAUCAUACAGAAAAGGAGGUACAUAAACCGAUUACGUUAACAGUUAGUGGUGCUGCUUUUAAAAUACAGAUUAUCAUUAAGGUUCUAGAUGUAAACAACAAAGCUCCUGUGUUUUUAGGAGCACCGUAUCGUUUUGUUACUGUACAAUCUGCUUAUACAGAUUUGACAUUGGGUGUUGUUACUGCUUUUGAUCUCGACACAGAUGCACAUUUAACGUAUGCAAUAACUCCAAGUGAUAAAUUAUCGAUAGAUAAAAAUGGAGUUAUUACAACUCGUAGUCAAUUUGAUCCUAGUUCCAUUAUUUAUUAUGCAAAUGUUACCAUUAGAGAUGGAAUAUACACCAACAGUGAGGAAAUCACUGUUGAUAUUCGUAAAGCUGCCAACUUAGAGCUAAACAAGACAUUCAAUGGAACAAUCCUUGAAAAUGAAGAAUCUACAGUAAUUGUAACUGUUUAUGAACCCGAAUAUGAAAACUAUCGAUUUGCCGACCAAUCAACUAAAAAUGAUUUUACUAUCGACUCUAAAACGGGAGAAAUAAGAAACAAAAGAGCAUUUGACAGGGAGAAGGAGCAGGAAUUCAAACUUACAAUAUUAGCUAGCAAAGAAAAUGAAGCAGAGUGUUCUCUAGCGGUUAUUGGCAUAGUGACUAUUUUAGUAACAGAUGUAAACGAUGAACCUCCUAUAUUUGUUGGUGCUCCUUACAACGCUACAAUUGAAGAAGAGGAUAAGGAUAAAGAAAUAUUGAUUGUUCCAGGCAUAUCUACUACUGAUAAAGAUAUCAACCAGACUGUCUUUUAUAGCAUUCUGACAAAUGGAGAUAAAUUUGUUAUUGACGAAAAAACUGGAACUAUUAAAACAAAAGUUGCUAUUGACAGGGAAACAUAUCCAUCGCUUGAUAUAGAGAUUAAUGCAUUUGAUGGAAUUCAUAACAAUAAUACUAUAGUUUUCGUCAGAAUCUUGGAUAUUAACGACAAUGAUCCGAAUAUCACAGUUUCAAAAAGUUAUAAUAUGAGCGAAGACUCGUUAGUUGGAACCAAUGUAGGGCUGGUGACUGCUAGUGAUGCUGACGAGGGUAAAAAUGCAAAAAUAACAUUUGACCUUGUAACUGAUGGUGGAUAUUUUCGAAUAGAUCAAUUGACGGGGAACAUACUUGUUUCCAGACAACUUGAUCGCGAGGCUGUUAAAAUACACCACAUGACUGUCUAUGCACGUGACAACGGUGACAACAUCCGCCAAUCAUCUGAAGCUGUGACCGUGACAAUUGACGAUGUAAACGACAAUUCACCAGUCUUUGACCAGGACCAAGUAACAGUUUCAUUUGAGGAAAACAGAUCUUGCGCAAAUUCUAUUAUACACAUUAGCGCUAGUGACGCCGACCAGGCUAAUACAUUAAACAGUCAGAUAAAAUACUUCUUAAAAAGCGGAGAAGACAAUUUUAAGUUAAACAAUCAGUCUGGUAUACUUACUUGUAACGACUUAUUUGACUAUGAACAUACAGCUUCGUACGAAAUAAUCGUUGAAGCCCAAGACAGAGGAUCUCCAAAGAUGUCGUCUACGCAAAUUGUUAUGGUUAAUGUCAUAGAUAUGAAUGAUAACAGUCCAAUAUUUGUUGAUAUUAAAUCUCAAAUUAUAAUCAGAUAUUUCUCACCAGGACGUGUAGUUGAAGUUUUUAAGGCAACGGAUGCGGAUUCUGGAGAGAACGGGAAAGUUCAUUUUAAAAUCAGCGGAAAUGCAACACAGAUUCUUCAAAUUGGCAAAGUUGAUGGAAUUUUACGUACAGUAACAAAUGAAAAUUCCAAAGGAAACUACAGUUUAUUAGUUACCGUUACCGAUAACGGUAAUCCACCAAUGACGACUACACAAUCACUUGUUGUUAUAGUUAAUACCCUUAAUAAUGAACAGCCAAUCAAGUUUACUCAGCAAGAAAUCGACAUGCAUAUACUGGAAAAUAGUCUCAAAAACUCGCCCUUACAAUCCGUUAUAGGGAAGGUUUCCAAUCCCAAAAAUAAAACAUUGAUGUUUGAUUUAAUUGAUGAAAGUGGAGACUCAUCCUUUUAUCUGGGUCGUGCUACUGGCAUGGUAUCCUUGAAAAAAGAAAUUGAUAGAGAAGAGAAAGAAGUCCAUGAAUUUGUUAUUCAUGUGCAAAGUACGGACAAUGCUGAACAAAGUGAUCUAGCUUUAGUCAGAGUUACGAUUGAAGAUGAAAAUGACAAUAAGCCCUUAUUUGUUCAAAACUCAUAUUUCUUUACAAUAAACGAAAAGGAACAAAUAGAUACUGUCGUGUCUCCUCCUGAGAGAAAGAUAACAGCAACUGAUGCUGACAGUGGUGACAACGCUUUAAUUGAAUUCAAACUUUACGGAGACGGGUGUUUAUCAGCGUUCAGGAAAAAAGAUGAUGGAUCUAAUACGAUGGUGUUACAACUGGCGGAUCAAGUAGAUUACGAGGUUAUCAAACAGUGUAAAUUCACGGUCGAGGCAUUUAAUCCAAAUAAUGUAACGAUGAGUUCCAGUGUUUCUGUUGUCAUAGAUAUAUUAGAUUAUAACGACAACGUACCAGAAUUUGAAGGACAUACCAAUCAUGUUUUCACAAUUUCUUUACCAGAAGAUACGAACAUCAACACGAAUCAAACAUCGUUUGGAAUGGUGCACGAUAAAGAUAGCAGAGAGAAUGGAGAUAUAGAGUUGUCUAUUGUCAAUAAUGUCGACUGUUGGUUUACUGUUUACAGAGUUCAUGAUAAGAUGUUUCUGAAAGUCAAGCCAACCAUUAUCCUAGAUUAUGAUAAAGGUGAUGUACAAAACACAUGCACUCUCAGCGCAUCGGACAAAGGUGUACCUACACUGUCUUCUACCGCCACACUUAGCAUUACUAUAACGGAUGUUAAUGAUAACACACCUGUUAUAUCUACCCCCGACAUCAACGUUAAUGUAUCACGUGAUGCAGAUCCUGGAACAGUUAUCGUUGACAAAAUACAUGCUACAGACAACGAUUCUGGUGUAAACGGAAUGUUGGUUUAUAGCCUCGGUAAGUAG